AUGUCAAUGUUUGAUCGUUUCAAAGAGCAAGCCUCAAAGGCAGCAGCAGGUAUGACUUCUCUGAGGCGUUCAAACGGCCAACGAGCCAAGAAAUUACCGCACCUUCUCAAACUUCAAUUUGACCGAAUAUUUAGGCGCUACUGCUUUUGCCCCAUACCGAAAAGUCUAGGUGAAGAAUGCAUCAAAGCAUCAAGAAUUUUACAACAAUUCAUCAGUAAGGAAGAAAUUGAAAAUGGAUUUGAUACCAUUAUACCUGUCUCAGUCAUCAAAGAAGCCAAAGGCCUUGCCAUUUUUACUGUGUUGAAGGCAGGCUUUUUAUGGAGUGGACGCGCAGGAAGCGGUAUUGUAAUAGCAAGAUUACCUGAUGGCCGUUGGAGUGCUCCAACCGCGAUUGCUACGGGUGGUGUAGGUUUUGGUGCUCAAAUUGGCGCUGAUAUUACCGACUUUGUCCUCAUCCUUAACAGCGAAGAAGCUGUACGUGCCUUUUCUCAGGGCGGUAAUAUUACUUUGGGAGGAAAUCUAGCCGUUAGUGCGGGUCCUAUUGGCGCUGGUGGUGAAGCUUCUAUUACCGGCGACAUUCGCGAGAAGAAAGUUACUCCUGUUUUUAGCUACACAAAAUCGAAAGGUCUGUUUGCCGGUAUGAGUAUUGAAGGUACAGGAGUUUUAGAACUCACAAAGGCCAAUGAAAAAUUCUAUGGAAGGCCCGUUCGAGCACAGUCACUGUUGAAAGGUGAUAUCGAACCGCCUGCAGAAGCUCAAGUACUGUAUGAUACCAUCCGAAAAGCAGAGACACGCGAUCCUUAUUAG